CUCACUACUUCUUUCAUCAUCCAAAAAUAUCAAAAUAAUGAAUCCAUUUGGCUUUCAAUUUGCAGUUAUCCUUCUGUUAUUGCUUAAUACUAUUAUGGUAAUAGAAACACAAGCAGCAUAUGUUAAACCUCAACGCGUCACGUGCUAUAAACGUUACAGCAAAUGCUAUCUCAAGUAUAUAACUUGCCCUUCUGAGUGCCCUGAAAUUCACCCGAAAGAUCCAUAUGCUAAAGAGUGUUUUCUUGAUUGUUACUCUCCUAAAUGUGAAGCAGUAUGCAGAAAACGAAAACCAAAUUGUGAUGGUCCAGGUGCAGCUUGUUACGAUCCUCGUUUCAUAGGUGGAGAUGGGAUUGUUUUCUACUUCCAUGGUAAAAAAGAUGAGCAUUUCAGCCUAAUUUCAGAUGUCAACGUUCAAAUAAAUGCUCGUUUCAUUGGUAUCCGUCCUGCUGGCAGAUCGCGAGAUUUCACAUGGAUUCAAGCUAUAGGCCUCAUGUUUGGCUCACAUAACUUCACACUUGAAGCAACCAAGGCAGAAAAUUGGGAUCAAGAAGCUGAUCAUUUGAAAUUCACUUAUAACGGGAUGAGUUUAAGUGUUCCAUUAGGCCACUCAUCGGUAUGGAAUUCCCCUGACCAAAACCUUGAACUGGAAAGGACCUCAGCAACAAACAGUAUAAGAGUUACAAUUCAAGAAAUAGUGGAAAUCUCAGCUAAUGUUGUUCCUGUGACAGAAGAAGAGGACGCGAUACAUAGUUAUGGUAUACCUAAAAAUGAUAGCUUUGCUCACUUAGAAGUGCAGUUUAGGUUGUUUGAUUUGUCUCCAAAAGUUGAAGGCAUUCUUGGCAGGACUUACCAGCCAAGUUUCAAGAAUCCAGCCAAGUCAGGGGUCGAUAUGGCGGUUGUUGGUGGUGAUGACAAGUACAAGACUAGUUCACUUCUAUCAGCUGACUGCAACUCUUGUACUGUUUUCACUUCUGGAAAAAAUGUUGCUGAGAGAAAAUAA